GAAAACACCUUAAAAGUGCGUGAUGUAUUCAUAGAAAGAACACAGCCUAUCGUUUGCUGUCCGUAUUGGGCAUGAUGGCUGAAUUACCAGGUCUACCGCCUCUCCCCAAAUGUUUUAGUGAUGUAGUGAACAUACAUGUCAACUCGUCGCUGACAAGUUUUGAAGAAAAAGAGGAGGAGUCGACAUUGGGUGGCAGCAUCAGUGACACUGAAGUGUCCAGUCUGUCCAGUCCGAUGAGUCAACCGGACCGCAGCGUGCUAAGAGACGGCGACACUGAUUUGCAAGGCAAUGCAUCGUCCACCGACUCAAAUGUUGAUUCGGCUGUCCAGUCGCCCGAGGACCAACCAAGUGGCAGUGAAGAAAUGUCUCCUUUCGUGAAGCUUAACACAGCAUUAUCUACUUUAAAGAAUGAAAUGGCUGGUCUGAGGGAACUUGAUGUGUCACUACUUUGCCAGCUGUGGUCAUUGAAUGAUGCUAUCCAGGAAUAUAAAGUAGCAGUACAAGACCGGUAUUCGGAGACCAAUUCUGAAUAUUCAUGGGGCAUGAACAGUCGCACCAGUAGCAUUGGAAGCUUUGACGACUAUGAUUGGAAUGCAGAUAUAUAUCUAAAACCUGAGGGUUAUGUAGACAGUUCCCUCCAUGGUAGUACAUCCAGUCUUCUGCAACAGAUCAACGAACUUAAGGAACGUGCCGAAUCAGAGUUUAUAUGAUUGUUGAAUUAUUAAGUAUGGAAUGAAUUUUCCUUUUUUAUCUUUGAAAAUGAAGAACUGCUAACCAUAACAAGAUCUCCAAUAGAUUGGUAUUCAUGAUGAUUCACAGCUAUAUUGAUGACACUCAAUGAUAUCUUGUAUUGUGUCACAAUUUUAAAAAAAUAUAGCGUGUUUAAUAUCCCUAACUUUUUUUUUUUGUUACAAAAUCUUUAAUGUUUUCCAAAUUUAUGCUCACUAAAUAGCUAACACACAUUUUAAUAAAUAUAUUUUGGAAUUGUUUUGAGAUUG